UUGUAAAAUUUCCUAAAGCUUUUUAUUGUCUGUGUGUUCUUGACUUUAAUGGACCUGACAGAAAUUGAGCGUCAGCGUCAGUCCUGGCAGGCCAAGUAGUCAAGAUGCCGCUAAACGCUAUUGGCCAACAACACGGUCUCAUCAGCUGAUCUGCAUCAGCUGGUCAACUCCCCUCACUGCUAAUAGGCUAUGCUCAAACAGGGCGCCUUACUUAAAGCUGCAUCAGUUUGCUCCUAAUUUAUUGCUGUUUUAGUGCUUGCAGCUUUAUUUUGCUCUAACUGCUUGCUGCUCGCAUCGUGCUACCCACCUCCUCCCCUGCUCCAUCUUGUCGUAAGAGUGAACUAUGGCCCAGUUUGUUGAAGACUCCAGCCUGGAGGACUGGGAGGAGAUUGGCUCCGGGGGUUUUGGACAAAUCUACAAAGCCAGGCAUCAUCAGUGGGGCAUUGACGUAGCCAUUAAAGUGCUUCUUAAGGACGAGGGGUCUUUGCUGCAUGAGAUCAAUAUGAUGCAUCAAGCCACCAGCCCGCAUGUUAUGGCCGUCCGAGGGAUCUUCAAGGGUCGAACACCCUUUUCUGGCAGGUCAACAAAGCUUGGUGUGGUCAUGGAGCUCAUGAAGAGAGGAUCAUUGGCCUCCCUACAGGCAGCAUUGAGGGGAACUCCACCCUGGCCGCUGGUCUUCAGACUGGCUCACCAAGUGGCUCUGGGUAUAAACUACCUCCACAGUCUGCCCCGUCCUGUGCUCCACCAGGACCUGAAGCCCCAAAACGUGCUGCUGGACGAUGCUCUCAAUGCCAAGCUUACAGAUUUUGGCCUUGCCCAGACUUCCUGCAGCAUCACACUGGUUUCCAAGGACAAUGGACCACGAGGAGGGACGCCUUACUACAUGCCACCAGAGGCUUUUAACCCAUCAUACAGACCUUCCAGAUCCUUUGAUAUCUACAGUUUUGGGAUACUCCUUUGGUCCAUUGUCACAGGGAAACAACCUUAUGAAGUGGAGGGAGACCUCCCAAACCUGGAUGAUAUCAAGGGCGAUGUUGCCGGGUUGAGAGAGUUGAAAGAACUGAUGAAGAGAUGCUGGGAUCCUAAACCUGAACAAAGGCCUAAAGCCCUUGAGUGUACAACUGAGACAGAACAACUGUUCAAGAUGCACGAACAUGAACUCAAUAAAGCUGUCUAUGAAGUGCUGAUGAAACUGGACCAAAAGGAAAGAAAAGGCAUGGCAGCAGGAAAGAAGGUUCGGAGGGAUCAAAUCGCUAAGGCUUCAGUGAAGGGGAUCCAACAGGCAAUGGGAAGAUUGAGUCUGCCUCCUCUGGACCCUCUCAGGGUCCAGAGACGUGAUCUGAUGAGAUAUUCCUGUGAACUCACACUGGACACAAACACAGUGAAC